UAAUAAAAUAGUUGUAUGACGUCACUUGCAAAUUUAAAUGUUUGUAAUAUUAUAGAUCGGGCAAUUGUCGACAUGAAGCCACAGCAAGAUGAUGAAUUUGAUGAAGAAGUAGAAGUAAUUCCAGAUGCAGAUGAUGGAGAUGACGCUCAGGUUCAAUUCACAGAAGAAGAUCACAAAGCCUUUUUGCUAGAUCAGCAGAAAAGAAAAUCUUUUUUGAGAUCAGCCUGCAAGAAACUCGGUUUACUCGCCAGAAGACGUGAAAUGAAGAGAAGCGAGUUUUCCAGUAUUCUUGUCAACGAUCCACACGGAUUUAUGUAUUGCCAAAUUCCAAAAGUUGCGUGCACUAAUUGGCGGCGAGUGUUACUUGUGUUAACAGGAUAUUACAAUACGACGAAAGGGUCUCAACUGAAAGCUAUGGAUGUCCAUGAUUCUUAUGAUAAGUAUUUGACUUACCUCAGUGAUCUAUCACCUGGAGGAAUCUCAUAUCGUUUGCGGAAUUACAAGAAAUUUCUAUUCGUUCGAGAACCAUUUCAGAGACUAGUUUCUGCUUUCAGAAACAAAAUCCUAACUUCAAAAAAUGAAUACUUUUUCCAAAGAUUUGGCCGCAUUAUUCUCAAAAGAUAUCGAAAUCGUUCAAUGAGUGAGAAUUCCAUGCGAAAAACAAAGGUUAAAUUUAGUGAGUUUGUGCAUUAUCUUCUCGAUGCGUCGUCACGGAAAGUUAGUUUAAAUGAUCAUUGGGGCCAUUUUAGCCCUUUGUGUCAUCCGUGUUCGAUAAAAUAUGAUUUUAUAGGUAAAUACGAGACAUUGGAGAGAGAUGCACAUUUUAUUCUACGUAAUUUGACACCGAAACACUCGGUCAGAUUUCCAUCGCGUAAUGACACCUACAGACAUGCACAAACUGGUACUGAUUUGGUAGCGAAAUAUUUCGAUACUCUUUCGACUGCAUCUGUAAAUAGACUGUGGAUGAUGUACCGCAAAGAUUAUUUUCUCUUUAAUUACUCCUACCCUACGUGGUUACUACCAUCUUAUAACAGGAACACAACAAUCAUCCAAAAGUCUUCAAAAGUAAAUCCAUUUAAAAUUAAACCGACCUAGAAUUUGCUUCCUCUCUGUGUGUGUGUGUGUGUGUGUGUGUGUGUGUGUGUGUGUGUGUGUGUGUGUGUAUUUUUGUGUGUGUAUAUAUAUAUA